ACAAGAAUGGCCGCAGCGAUGAUGAAAGAAAGUCUCUACUAAAUAAUUGUCUACUUGCACAUGUAAAAUCCGCCCAUCCGAAACCAACCACAUUCACCGUCGCACAAUCAACUGCACCACUGUCCGCAGCUCAAUCGCGAACGACCCUCUCAACUCCAAAAAAAACUAUAUCUCGACAGACAAGAUGUUUGGAAUUGGACGCCCCCAGCCCAGCUCGGCCGAGAAGAUCGCCGCAGUCGAGGCAGAGAUGAAGCUCAUCACGGCGAUGGCUGCCCGCCUCAACCGCGCAUGCAUGCAAAAGUGCAUCCCGACCAACUACCUGGAGGGCGACCUCAACAAGGGCGAGAGCGUGUGCCUCGACCGCUGCGCCGCCAAGUUCACCGACGUUCAGCUCAAGAUCUCGGAGAUUAUGCAAGCAGAGAACCAGAAGAGGCAGGGCGGUGCUGGUGGCUUUUAGAUUAGGUCAUGACGGCACUGAUACUGACCGGAGGGGAGAGAUGAUGCGAGAGCAUGACGGAAGGAGUAAAAAAGAAGAAAGAAAAAGAGCAAGGAAUCAGUGCUUUGCAUUGCAAAGUCACCUUGUAAUAAUGUUGGGAUCACGGCUCUGGCUACCCAAACUAGUUUCGCCGUCCUUUCUGUCGUCAGCUGGGGGCGUGCAGUCGCCGGUUGGCUGAAAAUAGACAGAUGGGACGCGGACAAGGUUUGCCGUGGCUAUACCGCCGAGGAUUUCAGUGUACGAUAGACUGUGAUCAUUCACAUAACGAGGACAGAUGGAUCAUCCGCCUCGUCUGUAAAGGGGAUACGAUACCCUUUUUUGUACUAUGAUGAAAAUCCUACGCUCAUAUAUACUCCUCUUAUGAUUGUGUAUACACACAUGCUCAUCCG